AUGGAGUUCUCGUCCUCUUCCUCCUCGGAUGCGGGGCUGGAAGAAGAGCUGCAUCGGAACUUCCACCGUGAGCAAAGAGAACAACGUGGUAUUGUCCGAGCAUCUUCGUCGACCACCCGCUGCGAAACCGUGCGCUUCACGAUGCCUGAUGGUCGAUCGAUCGAGGUUCGCAAAGGCGCCAUCUAUAUUCCCUUGCGUGACAUGUACGUUCAUGUGCUGCAGGCGCGCUGCUGCCCGGAGAAGUGGUUUGGUGACGGUCGUGUGCCCCUUCGGCGACGCCGUCCACUACCGGCAGAUGUGGUGGUCUUACAACAGGUAACGGAGGCAGCAGCAGCAGCUGGUAGUGGUGCCACUGCCGCUCGUCCGCCCGCCAGCGUGAGGCUGUCGGAGGCGACCGAUAACGACUUUUUCGUCUUCAAGGAAGUGCUGCCUCAGAAAGCUGAAGAAAAUGCUGACGAAGUCGCCGCCCCUCUGGUCCAGAUCACCUCCGUUACGGCACAGAAACGCCAGAACAGCUGGCAUGAUCCUCUGAUUGACACGCGCUUUCAACGCAUGGCGUUCCUGCCUCGCUGGCGCUUCUCUAUGGCCCACCCGCGAUCACUGAGAGAGGCUCGGUACGACACAUGGGACGCGGUCGAGCUUCCCCCUCCACUUCACGUGGACGACGCGUGCUGCUACGAUGAUUCGCUGGGUAUCUUGUGGAGCCUAAGGAGGCGGGAUGGGCGCUUGUGGUACUUGCGAUAUGACAGCAGUGCUACCACCACGACUCGCGGUGCCGCUCUCAUGUCGGUAUGUGUUACCACAGUCGAUGUGGCCACUGCGCAGCGGUGUGUCGGGAUGUACUGUCAGCAUGAAGGGUCUUCGUCGCACGACGCAGCUGUCGGCGAUGACGAGGCAACAAGUAGGUGUGUGUGCUGUCUGCUCGUGAUCACCACCUCCCACGCUCUUUACAUACGACUCUUGUACACCUGGCGCAACAGGUUCACAGUGGAACACGCGUUGUCGACACUGAAGCUGGAAUCGGUGCUCCCCACGCCCUUUCAGCUGUCGAGUGUAACGUGCUGCUGCCCCGGGAAUGCGGAAAAGUCGCCUGAUGUACCGCCGUCCUCUGCCAACGACACGUCCUUCUGUGUUGGCGCCGGCCGAAGUGUGUUUGCGUUCAUCUGGCGUAAUGGUCAGUGGCACAGAGUACGCCUCGCCUCGUUUGCGGCGACCGAUAUAACGGCUUUGGCUCUCCACGGCGCGCUUGGGCAUCCGUCGUUGCCUGUCGCUGUCGUUGCUGGCAUGCGCAACGGAACGAUUCAAGUCGUUACCGCAGAGGGGGGGAUGCGAAACAAGGCCAUCUUCAACACCACACCUCGACACUAUGGGUCUGAUAUUACCUCCAUGUACGCGGUACAAGGUCUUGCCUACGGGAUCGUCUCUGUAGCUCGCGAUGGCGGGGCGAAGCUCUGGGAUCUGCGUCGCCUCGGGUCUGACAAAGACCCGGUGUGCACCUUACUCACAUCGCGCCUCGGUGGUGGUCAGUCAGGGGUGUGUAGUACGGCCAUGGCCGGGCACCUGCUGGCCGUCUCCUCCGUCUCCACGGGGCUUGUAUGCGUGGACGCUCAAACGGGCGCCCGGCUGUUUCACACGACACAAAAGCUGUCCCCAGCAACCCGCAUCGCAUUUGGGUCUCUCAGCAACGUCGACGGCAACGAUGGCUUUGAGCUCUACACCUUCAGCCCUUACUACACACAGCGCUUUCACCUUCACCUCUGA